CUUUUGGGGAUACUUGUGACUGGUGUGGUUCUUCGUGGAGCACUACGAUUUUGCGGUGGUGUUAGUUUAUUGCAUGAUCAUUCUAGAAGGCUUUCGGUUGAAUUAUUGAAUCUUUUAGGGGUUGAAAAAGAGAAAGUUAGGCUGGCAUUGGAUAGCUAUCUGGAUUCCGGCAAGCAGCCGGUGGCGGUGCCCUCAGCGGUUCCGCCUCGGGUGUCCGGAGGUCCAGGACAAACUUCAUCCUUUUCAGGCAUUUUCUUUCAAGGAGACGACCACGUCCAGUGUGCUGCUAGCUCCCAAGUAUACCCUAAUUUCGGGAACUCGUCUGUGUCAACCGUUGGCACUGGAAGGGGAAACCCUGGACCUGCCGAAGGUGACAUGAACCGUGUAUUGAACAGCGGAGGAAAUUCUGGACCUAGUGUUGGAGCCAGCUCAUUAGUCACUGAUGCCAAUUCUGCACUAUCUGGAGGCGCCCAUCUUCAGAGAAGUGCCAGCAUCAAUGCUGACUCGUACAUGCGGCUUCCCGCCUCGCCUAUGUCAUUUUCAUCGGGCAACAUAAGCAUCUCCGGAUCUUCAAUUGUGGAAGGAUCAUCCAUCGUGCAGCAGAGCGGUUCUUCUGUUAAUAGAAUGGAAUCCCAACAAGAACAGAAUUCUCAUCAGUUGCAACAGAGGCAGCAGCAAAGGGCUUCUUCAGCAACUUCACUAACAACACAGCAGUUAUCUCAGCACCAGGUUGUUUCCCCAAUGAUUCAGGUCCCGGGAGCAAUCUCUCAACCAGGAAACCAUCCGAUACCUUAUGUCAACCAGCAAUCCAUGAUGCAGCUUGCUGGACAGGCGCUUGGUGCAUUUAAUCAGGAUCCCAAAAGCAUGCUGGCCCAACAUAACCAGAUCCAGAAGUGCAGGCUUGAUGCACGGCAAGAUGAUCUGCUGCAGCAGCAUCUCAUUCAACAGUUUCUCCAAAGAUCAGAUGCGGGACUGGUACCUCAGAUCCAGCGGCAAGAUUCUGUUCAACUACAGGGGCUUAGCCCUCACAUACAGGCAAUGCUUCAGCAGCAGAGGCUUCUGCAGCGGCAUCAGUUACACCAGCAGCAGUUACUGCAGUGCAUGACACCAAUGCAACGAACCCAUCUGCAGCAGCAGCAGCAGCAACCACAGCAGUUGCACCAUCACCUGCAACAGCAAAAUAUACCGCAAAUAUCUGGUGUGAAGCGACCAUAUGAAAGUGGUGCUUGUGCUCUCCGGCUUAUGAAAUACAUAUUUCAUCAACGCCAAAGACCACCUGACAAUAACAUUCUUUACUGGAGAAAAUUUGUGGCAGAAUAUUUUGCACCACAUGCUAAGAAAAGGUGGUGCUUAUCGGCAUAUGAUAAUAUGGGACAAAAUACGCUUGGUGUGUUUCCACAAUCAGCAAUGGACACAUGGCAGUGUGAGAUUUGUGGUUCUAAAUCAGGGAAAGGAUUUGAAACUACCGUUGAGGUGCUUCCUAGGCUCAACAAAAUAAAGUUUGAUAGUGGUGUUCUAGAUGAGCUGUUGUUUGUGGAUAUGCCUCAGGAACACAGACUUCCAUCUGGGAUUAUGUUGCUGGAGUGUUCAAAAGCUAUCCAACAGAGUGUCUAUGAAAAGCUCCGGGUCAUCCGUGAAGGCCGUCUUCGCAUUGUUUUCGGUCCUGAUAUGAAGAUAUUGUCGUGGGAAUUUUGUGCUAGGCGUCAUGAGGAGUUUUUGCUUCGUAGACUAGUAACACCUCAGGUGCAUCAGUUACUACAGGCUACACAGAAAUAUCAAACUGCUGUAUCUGAAAGUGGUUCUUCAGGGCUUCCACUUCAGGAUUUACAGACUAAUUGUGACAUGUUUGUGGAAGCAGGAAAUCAACUUGCAAGGGUACUGGAGUCACAGGCACUCAAUGACUUUGGAUUUUCCAAGAGAUACAUACGGUGCUUGCAGAUAUCAGAGGUUGUCAACAGCAUGAAGGAUUUGAUCGACUUCUGUCAGGAGAACAAGGGUGGGCCAAUUGAAAGUUUGAAGAGCUAUCCUCGGCAUGCUGCAACUUCAAAGAAACUGAAGAUGGAACAGAUGAUGGGUCAGGGGUUGGCAACGGAUCAAACCUCUGUGGCCAAAAUGAUGGCUAUGAAUUCUGGUCUGAAGAUGGAACAGAUGAUGGGCCAAGGGUUGGCAACGGAUCAAACCUCUGUGGCCAAAAUGAUGGCUAUGAAUUCUGGUCUGAGCAACCGCACGAAUAGCACGCAUCUGGGCAGUGGAGUGUUGUGUGGCUCAACCCCGCCUGGAGUAGGAUUGACGGGGUACCAGAAUCUAUUGAGACAGAGUUCUAUAAAUUCAAACUCGAAUGUUCUUUCGCAGGAUGCCUCUUUAUUUGGCAGUUCAAAUCAAGUUCCAUCGCAAUCAUCUCAAUUCCAAGGACCCAUAUCUUCAGUGCCUGUUUCCUUGCAAAACAUGACCCUGAGGAGCACUGGUUCAUCAUCUGCAGCUCAGCCAGCAUCACUGAAUCCCAACUUGCUUCAAACAAUACAACCCCAGCCUUCCCAACAAAAUCAGCCUUUACAGCACCAUGUACUUCAGCAAAUGAUGCAGAAUGUAUUGCAAAAUAGUGGGGUCUCGCCCAUGCAGUGUACAAAUGUAAAUGCAGUCGACGAUGCUUUUCCAGGAACAAGUGGGUCAGCGAUCUUGGCAUCAAGAGGUAGUUCUGGUAACGUGCCAGGGUUCGGAAGCAGCAAUUUAGCAAACAAUGCUAUCAGUAUGAUACCCAGCCGGAGCAAUAGUUUCAAGAGUACUGCAAGCAAUCCGAUGAAUGUUGGAGGUAAUGCUGCCUUUAAUUUAAGGUCCUCUCCGGAUGUGUCUCAGACCCUCCAUCUGCCCGACCUGGUUCCGGAUAUUUCUCAUGAAUUUGCUGAAAAUGGGAUAUUUAGUGGCGAACCAGCUGACAUGAGCUAUGGCUGGAAGGCUUGAAACACAAGUGCAUGGAUGUCUGUGGUUCUUAGUGUGUUACAUUGUAUGUAUAGAAGCUUUGAACAGUCUUAAGCAUUAAGAAAGUAAAAGGUCGAAAAGAAAGGUGAAAGAAAAGCGGCGUCCGCUUAUGUUUCAGGCUGUUGCUGUGUGAAGAGCUCCAAGACGCCCGUUGUUUGCGAACGAGCUCUUGCCGUUGGCAGUUUUGAAGUUUGCCAUUUUUUAACUGUAAUGUAAUGAGGUUUCUUUGACGGUCGGCUGCGAACCAUGUGUGAUCAUUACAAACGAAACAUCACAUAAUCAUGUAUUUUAGUUUGUCAAUUACGUAUAAAAUAUAAUGCUCA